GCCUUCACAGGUCACUAACUGCUACGAGAGGCUGAAAGACUGUGGACACUUCCCUGAUCAUAAUCUAUUUCUUCAUCAGAAGACCACCCACAUUACCAUGAAGUCGACAUGUCUGCUCAUCUUGGCUUCUCUCGUGGUCUGCAACAUGACUGUGUGUGGAGGACAGGGCUUCCCCGCUGAUGAGGAGACGGACGGCAGGACCAUUGACGACAUCAUACUACAGAGAGCAGAAAGUCUCCUGUUACGGUCCAUUCUCAGAAAGAUGCAGGAUGAAUACGGCAGAAACGAGGGGUCUUCUUCUCAGACAGAAUGGGUGACAAAACGACAACAUCCCGGUAAGAGGUACAUCGAGGAUUUGGAAAAGCGGCAGCAUCCGGGAAGGAGAGAAGAAGAUGAAGAUGAACAGUACUUGGAUGUUCAAAAGAGACAGCAUCCGGGUAAACGCGAAGAUGAAAUGCACUCUUUCAUGGAGUUCCAGAAAAGGCAGCACCCGGGAAAGCGCGUCACCAUGGAACACGUUUCUGAAAACCCUAUAGUGCUCCUGAGUGAACUUUCGAAACGGCAGCACCCGGGGAAGCGCUACCUGGUGCUGCACAGCAAACGCCAGCACCCAGGUAAGCGCAACUUCGAAGAUGAGGAGGACGAGGGGGACUGGGAUGCGGAUGCAGAUGGAGAUGGAGACGAAGAGUUCGCCGAGUUAGAAAAGCGUCAGCACCCAGGGAAACGGUUUUUGGAUAACUCCAGUCCGGAUUUUGGCACAAACAGUCCCUGUGAUGUAUUGGACCCUACGAGCUGCAGCAAGACCAAUCUGCUGCUCGACUUUUUAGACAACAUCAACAAGAGCCACGCCGAGGAGAAGAGACAACACCCGGGUAAAAGGUUUGCACCCGAGGAGGAUUUAGUGGAAGCAGAGUAGGUUCAACACUGGUCUGAUGUGCGUGUACUGCUGUAUUGUAAACAAAUAAAUGUGUAAAUGAAGUGACCAUAAUGAAUUAUUAAAAAUGAAAAAAGAAGUUACACCAUUUAAUCUUUUGUGCUACCGUUUUUCUUUGGGUGACAAACUGUAUCAUCAUUGCAAAACUUUUUUUUUUGCCAUAUCUUAAACUGUAUUAAGGAAGAAUUAUUAUUAGAAACAUUAACUCUUUAUUUUGUUAAUUAGUCUAUUAUGCUAAAACCAAGUCCAAGAAUGACAGCAUCAGUCUCCUGGCUUUUGCGAUGUUGCCUCUGUGAGGAAAAACAUGCUUGUCAGCUCAAAUAUGAUCCAUGGAAGUGGGUAAUGUUUAAGGUUGUGCAGAGGAAAUCCCUUUAUUGGUUGAUUUAUGUUUAUUUGUUUUAUACUUAUGUAAAAUAUAAUGAAUACCACCGCAACUAUAAAGUGUCACUGAUUAUUUUUCUACAUUUAAAGUGCAUGGAUUACAUUUAUUUAAGCUAUUGUUGUAAAUUCAA